AUGGCCGCGCACUCGCUCGACGCCCUGAACCCGGCCUUCCAGAACGUGCAGUACGCCGUGCGCGGCGAGCUCGCGAUCAAAGCCGAGCUCCUGCGCGACAAGCUCAAGGAGCCUGCGCACGGGCUGCCGUUUGAUAAAGUCAUCUCGUCCAACAUCGGUAACCCCCAGCAAAAAGGGCUGGAUCAGCCCCCGAUCACGUUUACCCGCCAGGUCGCAGCGCUGAUGGAGUGGCCGGAGCUCGCAAAGCUCGCGCCGGACGUGUUCCCAGCGGACGUGCUCGAGCGCGCAGAGGAGCUAAGGAGGGAAAUCGGUUCCAUAGGCGCGUACUCGCACAGCCAAGCGCGCGACGGGUACCCGGCGGAUCCAGCGACGAUCUUCCUCACAGGCGGCGCAUCCGCUGGCGUCUCCCUCCUCAUCAACAUGCUCAUCAACACGCCCAAAGCCGGCAUCCUCAUCCCCAUCCCGCAGUACCCCCUCUACACCGCCUCGCUCGCGCAGCACCAGGGCGUGCCCAUCCCGUACUACCUCGACGAGCCGAACGGGUGGUCCACGUCCGUCGCGUCUAUCGAGGACGCUUUGGCUGACGCACGGAAAGAGGGUGUGAUACCGAAAGGACUGGUCGUUAUUAACCCCGGCAAUCCCACCGGCGCACUGUUGGAUGAGGCGACACAGGAAGCGCUCGUCAGACUGUGCGAGGCGAAUGGUCUCGUGCUGCUUGCGGAUGAGGUGUACCAGGACAACUUGCACCGCCGUGCGACGCACCCGUUCACCUCGUUCAAGAAGAUCGUGUCGAGACUGGACUCGCGCGUCCCGCUCGUAUCGUUCCACUCCAUCUCCAAGGGCGUCUCGGGCGAGUGCGGGCGGCGGGGCGGGUACUUUGAGUGCACGAAUUUCACGGAGGAGGUGAUUGCGCUCUUGUACAAGAUGGUUUCUGUCGGCUUGUGCCCGCCGCUCGCAGGGCAAAUUGGGGUGGACUCCAUGGUCCGCCCGCCACAACCCGGCUCGCCAAGCUACGCACUAUGGAAACAAGAAACAGACACCAUCCACGCCGCACUCGCCCAACGCACAUCCAUAAUGUCCGCAAGACUCAACGCACUGCCUGGUGUAUCAUGCGUCGACUCCCCAGGCGCACUAUACCUCUACCCGCGCAUCCGGCUUUCGGAAAAGGCGAGAAAGGCGGCGGAGGAGGAGGGCAAGGAGCCUGAUGCGCUGUAUGCGCUGAGGUUGUUGGAUGCGACGGGGAUUUGUGUUGUACCUGGCAGUGGGUUUGGACAGAGGGAGGGCGAGUGGCAUUAUAGGCUUACGUGUUUGUGUCCGGGUGUGGAGGAGUAUGUGGGUAAGUUGGAAAAGUUCCAUUUGGAGUGGGUUGGGAAGUAUGGUGUUGAGUGA